AUGGAGACAACUAAACACAAUAUCAUAUGCUUUUUCGAAAGAAUCAAAAGAAAACUUAAAUUUAUUUACUUCAAAAAAAUUAGGAGUUAUGGCCCAUCAGUACAUUCUGAAUCAACUGAUUCCUUAUCAAAACACUUACUAUCUUCAUCUGCAUGGUUUAUGGUUUUAGGUGAUGAUGUUUCUAUGUAUAGUCUUAUCUUAGAUGAUUCUAUCACAACUGAAGAAAAAUGUAAAACAUAUUUAGAAUAUUUAUGUGAAAAACUCGUAGAAAAGCUACCGGGAGGAAAUUUUACCAAUAUACUGAAGAAAUUAUGCAAUUUAACUAAAAGAAAUAAUUAUUGCAAAGGUCUCUUUACUCAGGGUCGUAUUAAAAAAGACUUAGAUAAAAAAUGUAAUGGUAUAAAGGAUAAACUCAAAUAUUAUUAUUAUAGUUUAAGUAAAACUUUAUUUACAGGAGAAUGGAAUGCAAGAAUAGAAGCAGAAGAUUGCGAAAAUUAUGAAACGUUGUUCUCUUAUAAAAAAUAUACUAAAGAUACUGAAGAUAGCGUAUUAUUGGAAUUUAUAGGAAAAGAAGCACUAUCUAAUGAACCGAAAGAUGAUGAACUGGAACAUAAAUAUCUAUAUACCGAAUGUAUUCGCACUCUUCUUGAAAAAUAUCAUUGUGUAACCCCUUUUGGGCCUACUAUGGCAGAAUCAUGUUCUCAACCAACGGAUACAUGUAAUCACUUUAAUCGAAGUACUACCAUAACUUGUCGAUAUUUGGACUCUUAUAUUAAAAAAGUUCUCUCAGAAAAACAAGAGCAUAUCACAGGUUAUGAGAAAAAGAUAACAAGAAAUAACUGUUCGUUACUCGGUGCUUGUGAGUAUCAUUUAUUACUCUGUUAUAACAAAACAACAGAGGAUCUUUGCAAGCUAAUAAUAAAAAAAUGCUCCAUAAAAGUUGACCUAGAUAUGAAUUUCAUAAAGAACUUUUCUUUAGGCAAAUGCAAUUCAACGUUUAAAAACGUAAAUUUAAUUAAAUUUUUUUAUGAAAAAGAAAAAAGUGGAGUUUUAUUACCGCAUAAAGCUCCAUAUCUUACUCCUCUUUUAAUGUUUUUCUCUUCCCUAGGAAGAUCUACUCUUACUUUAAAGGAAAGAUGCUUGAAUUUUAUUAAAAAAAAUUGUUUGGCUCUUCUGGGUAUGUUUCCUAAUCUUCAUGAAUAUUGUAAAAGUGGACAUACUGAUGAAUGCGAACAAUUGGAUGAAAAGAUGAAUACAACAUGUUUCAAUUUAAAUAAAACAUUUGAAGAAUUAGGUCUUACUUCUAUUAAUGGCGUUUGGACUAUACUAUGGAACAGCACAGCAAACAAUAUCACUACACCCCAAUGUCAAAUGUUAAUAGAAGAAUGCACUUAUUUUAGACGUGGUUGUCUUGGUAUUGAAGGUCCAUGUGAAAAUGUAAGAUCUCUAUGUUAUACACUGAGUAAAAAAAGAUCUCACUUAAAUUAUUUUUGGGAAAAACUCGAAGAAAAACUAUCACCUAGUGAUUUUAGCAUUUUUAAUCAAUCUAAUCUAUCUCAGUCCUCAGCUGCUUCUAAUUUAUACCAGCAUAUAUACAAGCAUAUUCUAGAUAUAUGUGCUAAGUUUGGAGGGACUAACGAGGUUUUAUUUAGAUGGUGUUUACACCCUACCCCUAAUCACCCCCGGCACGAUGAUUUAAAAAGAGGCUUACUAUAUGUAGGAGAACCUCCUAGUUUACCAGAAUGUGCAUCUUAUAUUUAUGAAUGUCACAACUUAUCAAACAUUUUUAAGGAUCUUACUACUAAUUGCACAAUACUGGAAAAAGCAUGUUAUAAUCAGUCACAAAACUAUGAUAAACUUGAAGAUUCUAAGCUUAUUAAGUCGACUUGA